AUGGUUGCAGGAAAUCUGAGCCUGGAGACGACCUUUGUCCUCUUGGGUUUCGCAGAUUACCCAGAGCUUCAGAUUCCUCUCUUCAUGCUGUUUCUGGUCAUGUACGUUAUCACUGUGGCAGGAAAUCUUGGGAUGAUAAUAAUCAUCAAGAUUAACCCAAAGUUUCACACUCCCAUGUACUUUUUCCUUAGUCACCUUUCUUUUGUUGAUUUUUGUUACUCUUCCAUCGUUACUCCCAAGCUGCUUGAGAACUUGGUCGUGGCUGAUAAAAGCAUCUUCUACUCUAGCUGCAUGCUGCAGUACUUCCUGUCCUGCACUGCUGUGGUGAUGGCCUAUGACUGCUUUGUGGCCAUCUGUAAUCCUCUGCUUUAUACGGUGGCCAUGUCACAGAGGCUCUGUGCCCUGCUGGUGGCUGGGUCAUAUUUCUGGGGUAUGUUUGGACCCUUGGUACUCCUUUGCUAUGCUCUCCAGCUAGACUUUUCUGGGCAUAACAUAAUCAACCACUUUUUCUGUGAAUAUACUGCUCUCAUUGCUGUCUCGAGCUCUGACAUACACAUCCCCCACCUGCUGCUCUUUGGUUUUGCCACCUUCAAUGAGGUGAGUACACUACUCAUCAUCCUUGCUUCUUACGUAUUUAUUUUUGUGACUGUGCUAAACAUCCAUUCUGCCAGCGGGCGUCGCAGAGCCUUCUCCACCUGUGUCUCCCACCUGACCGCCAUCACCAUCUUCCACGGGACCAUCCUUUCCCUCUACUGUGUGCCCAACUCCAAAAACUCCCGGCAAACUGUCAAAGUGGCCUCUGUAUUUUACACAGUGGUGAUCCCCAUGUUGAAUCCUCUGAUCUACAGCCUGAGGAAUAAAGAUGUGAAGGAUGCCUUCCAGAAAUUAAUGGACACAAAAGGCCCAUUUCUCUGA